UUAAAAGAAAGAUGAAAACUUUUACCCUGGUAUUUUUGUUCAUUGGGGCUUUUGUCGUAGCCGUCAAUAGCCAACAAUGUGUAAACCGAAAUGAACAGUGCGGGGGAAAUCGUCGAUGCUGUACAGGACUUAGAUGUAACAGAAAUAGAUGUGAACCAGACUGCAGCUUAGAGGGGCAACAGUGCAAUGCCAAUCGUCCAUGUUGUGAUGAUCUUCGCUGUAAUGGAGGCAAAUGUCAAAGGGAAUGUAGACGCGAGAACCAACAGUGCGGUCGAAAUGUUCGAUGUUGUGAUGGUCUGAGAUGUAAUAGAGAUAAAUGUGAAAGGGAAUGUAGCCUACUUAACCAACAGUGCAAUGCUAAUCGUCCAUGCUGCGAUGAUCUUCGUUGCAAUGGAGGAAGAUGUCAAAGGGAAUGCAGAAAUGCUCAACAAUCGUGUGGACGAAAUAAUCCAUGCUGUACUGGACUGCGAUGUAAUAGAGAUAGAUGUGAACGGGAAUGUAGAGCAAAUGGAGCUGAAUGCAAUGAGGCAAAUCAAUGCUGUGGUAGACAAUGCAACAGAGGUAGAUGUGCAGGAAGAAGCGAAGAUUAAAGUUAAUUCCAAUUUUACUUCCCCUACAAUUGGCCAGAAAAUUAUUAAGGACCUCAAAUGAACUAAAACAGAACGUACAAUUUCAACUUUUCAAGAAAAUUCUAUUUAUUUUAAAAAUUUACCACUUUCAUUCUGAUCGAAAUUUUCGAUUGUAAAUUAUUAUAAUCAAUAAAGACUGCAACAGAAAACAA